UUCAGUAAAAUUUGUUAAACUUCACUUAACAUUUUCAACCAAAAAAAAAAUAAACUUCACCUAGCAUAACCUAAUCGCACCCCGGUUCCGAUUGCAUCUGAAUCAAUUCUGAGAAGCAUUGACGUUCAACAGGUUGCUUCGAAGUGAAGUCUGUAAUCAUGUCAAGCAAGUAUAUCAUUUCUGCUAUUCUUGGAUCAUUUGGAGUUGCAUGGGUUUGUGAUUAUUAUGUUUCAGAGAAGAAGCUAUUUGGAGGUAGUACCCCUGGCACUAUUACAAACAAUGAGUGGGCAGAAGAGACUGACAAAAAAUUGCAGGCAUGGCCUCGUACUGCCGGUCCACCAGUGGUCAUGAAUCCCAUAAGUCGCCAAAAUUUCAUUGUGAAGUCUCGCCCUGAGUAAUAAUUUUUGUUGAUUGAUUGUGAGUUAAUUGAUGCACCUUGUUCAUGGGAUAUGUUUCCAUAAAUGAUGAUAAUGUUUGAGGUAAAAGUCUUGCAGUUCAAUUAGUGUUUUGAUUUUUAAACAUGUGAAUGCUUACUUGCUAAAUAAAAUGUUAUUUAAGAAAUCAUGGAUUGAUUAAUGCAUAUUCAUGUAUUCAAAUUC